CUGCAAGAAGUUUUCUCCAUUUUCGCCUCAAACCUUCCCAGCCCCGGGAGCUCUUCUCUUCAUAUCGUUCCUCCUUGUCCUUUUAUUCCCCUGUGAUCACUUGGAGGACGGGGACGAGCCUUUGUGGGGAUUUUUGCGUUUUGUUUUUGUCUGUCUUUCUCCCCCCCCCCUUUUUUUUUUUUGACCUCUGCUUUUGAUUGUAGUUGUUUCCCCCUGUGGUCAUGACGGCUUCGCACAGUGACUCUUUGGUGGUGUUGUUUGGGGCAACAGCUGGUGCAUAUGGGGCUAAACUGGGUUCGGAUGAGAGGGAACUAAUUCUCUUGGUGUGGCAAGUUGUGGAUCUGCACAGCAAGAAGGUAGGGACAUUGCACAAAUCCCUGGUGAAAGCAGACAAUCCGGAGUUGAGUGACCCAUGUCAAGAAGUGAGUGGUUUAACACCAGAGGGACUGAGCAAAGCUGAGCCUUUGGACCGAGUUCUCCAACAGUUUAGCCAGCUGGUAUCCAGUGAUCUGAAGUUACUAGGAAGAAGCUCUUACACUCUCUGUACUGAUGGCCAGUUACUCAUUCGACAGGUUCUCCACCCAGAAGCAUCCAAAAAGAACUUCCUGCUGUCUGACUACUUUUAUUCAUUUUAUGAUCUACGCAAAGAGUUCCACAUGUGUUACCCCAAUUCGGCCACCGUGAGGGAUCAGACUAUCAAAUCCAUGGCAGAAUUUCUAAGCUUAGGAACAGAUGAAACAGAGGAGGACUUCGGUGUCUGGCAAGUGAAAACUAUGGUGGCUAUUAUUUUCAGCAUGCUAUCUGAAACAUGCAGUCACAUAUUUACAGACCCUGAAACUGUGAAAUACAAGUAUGAAACAGGUCCCUGUAGCAAAUCUGAAGCAGUAGACAGUGAAACAGUAAUACGUGCCAGAGGUUUGCCCUGGCAAUCUUCAGACCAAGAUAUUGCCCGAUUUUUCAAAGGACUCAAUAUUGCCAAAGGUGGUGUGGCUCUGUGUCUGAAUGCUCAAGGAAGAAGAAAUGGGGAAGCCUUAGUGCGAUUUGUCAGUGCUGAACAGAGAGACUUGGCUUUAGAAAGACAUAAGCAUCAUAUGGGUAGUCGAUACAUUGAGGUUUACAAAGCUACUGGAGAAGAGUUUCUAAAGAUUGCUGGAGGUACCUCCAAUGAAGUGGCUCAGUUCUUAUCCAAAGAGAAUCAAGUCAUCAUCCGGAUGAGAGGUCUUCCAUUCACAGCUACUCAGGAAGAUGUCUUGGGGUUCCUGGGGCCUGAGUGUCCUGUCACAGGAGGGAAAGAGGGACUUCUCUUUGUCAAGUAUCCAGAUGGCAGACCUACAGGAGAUGCAUUUGUGUUGUUUUCCUGUGAAGAAUAUGCACAGAAUGCACUUAAAAAACACAAGGAGAUACUUGGAAAACGUUACAUUGAACUCUUCAGGAGCACAGCAGCUGAAGUCCAGCAGGUUCUUAAUAGAUACAUGUCAACUCCUCUUAUACCCACUUUGCCAACUCCCAUAAUUCCUGUCAUACCCCCACCUUACACCAUUGCCACAGGUAGCAUACGUGACUGUGUCCGACUCCGAGGCCUUCCCUACACUGCUGGCAUUGAUGAUAUCUUAGAAUUCAUGGGAGAUGCUACAGGAGAUAUCAAGCCGCAUGGAGUCCACAUGGUCCUUAAUCAACAGGGACGACCAUCAGGUGAUGCAUUUAUCCAAAUGAAAUCAGCUGACAAAGCCUUUUUGGUGGCCCAGAAAUGUCACAAAAAAAUGAUGAAGGACCGCUAUGUGGAAGUGUUCCAGUGUUCAGGAGAAGAGAUGAACUUUGUUUUAAUGGGUGGCACUUUAAAUCGUAGUGGCUUAUCCCCACCGCCAUGUAAGUUACCAUGUCUUUCUCCUCCUGCUUAUGCUGCUUUCCAAACAGCAGCAGCAGUGAUCCCAGCAGAAGCAGCACUUUACCAGCCUCAAGCCUUAUUACCGACAACCAGGACUCCCCAGGCCUCUGCUACUGCCCCUCAAGCUGUUACCUAUUACCCAGCUCAGGCUGCUCAGCUUUACAUGAAUUACACAGCUUACUAUCCCAGCCCUCCUGUAUCUCCCACCACAGUGGGCUAUAUCACAGCUCCACCAGCAGCUGUAGCAGCUGCUGCCACAGCCACACACACUCCAAUAAUGCCCCAGCCUGGAGCUCUGGUCCGUAUGCAGGGCUUGCCUUAUAAUACAGGAAUGAAGGAAAUUCUGAGUUUUUUCCAGGGAUAUCAGCUCCACACAGAUUCCAUCCUUAUGCUUUACAACUUUAGUGGCCGGCCCAGUGGGGAAGCAUUGGUGACUUUUCCGAGCCUGGACCUUGCUAAAAAAGCAGUGGCUGAGAAAAACGGACGGCUCCUGGGAAGUCGCUAUGUAGAACUUUAUCUGGUUUAAUUAAAACACUCUGUGGGAGGGAAGGGGGGAGGGAGGGAGGGAGGGAGAAGUCAUACUAAAUAUUGUUCCUUUUAUUUAAGAAGAAGUCUUCCCAUUCCACCUAUACAGAAGGAAAUGUGCCUUUUCCACCUGGUGUGUUGAGGUGUGGAGCUGUACUUAUCCCUAUACUUAAUUUGAAAAAUGGUCUGUUCUUUGCCAAAGAGAGAAACCGGUAACAAGCAGACAAACCAAAGCAAACCAAAAUUAAUUGAUUUAAGAAAGAUGGAAGCUUAGUUUCAAGAGUAAAUGUUCCCCAAAACUUCCACCCAGUUAACUACUUGGACAAUCCAACAGCACUUCAGCUAUCACAGAGACAUGGUGGGGGGGAAAGAAAGAUGGAGACCUAAUUUUUGUUCUCUAGUAUGUGAAGUGGAAAGUAAAGCUUGGGUUAGUUCAGGCUUUGUGUGUUUUGUUUUUAAGAAUUUACAUUCAGCAAAGUGUCUGGUUUUGGUAGAGUUUGUCUCCAGAAAGGGCUGCUGAAACUUCCAUUUUUUUUCCAAUUCAGAGCAUUAAAUCCUAUUGAAUUUUUUGGGUUUUUUUCCUCAACUGGAGAAUACCCAGGAUGCUGCACUCAAAUGGAAUAGGAGAAGCUUCCCUACAUUGUGUUGUGUAUUGCAAAAGCCAUAUCUGUCUUUCCUAUCAAUAUGCAUGCUGCCAAUAUGUAAGGCAACCCACCUACCCCCCCAAGUUUUAGUUUCUACAGGACAAAAAUGGCACAUAAACGCUGAGUACUAAGUUAUAUUUUUUUAUUUAAACAUAAUAGCUUUCAGAUACUGUAUUAAAGAUUUUGCUCUAGUUUAUGUGCAUGCAAUUUGUUUACAUCUUUAAACUACUUUAUUUGUAUAUUAUGAAGCAACAGGAAAUGUUGAAAUCUAAGCCUUCUAGUGCAUGCCUUUUUCUUUUUUCCUUUUUUCCAUGUGUGUGUAUAUAUAUAAGCUAGAAGAGCUACUUUUAUGUCAUGUAGCAUAUGUGUUUAAAAAGACAUCUGCUGUAGAAGCACUAAAUGACUUUAUUUUUACUGUGCCUUACUUAAAAACUAUUCAAAGUGCAAUACCAGCAGAGCAAAAAUGUAAUGAGUCCUUUUGUGACAGGCUCACGGAUGUCUGUGUAUAUUGAUUUUUUUGUUAGUGUACAAUUUGAGUUGUACUUAAAAGAACUGAAUGAUGUAUGCUUCUUUAUAUUACAACAAAUAAAGGAGAUGCUUACAAUA